AUGGUCACUCGCCGCCACAGCAAGCGCAAGGCGCCGCGCUGCUGCCUCGCCACACCUCGCCACAGCACGUGGGGCUCUGCGCGGUAUACCUCCGCUGCGGCAGUGCUACAGCGUGCCGGUCAGUCUCCUCUGCUGCCGUGCCACAGCGCACCGGGCUCAGCGCUGUUGGCUAGCCAUACCGCGCCGAUUCCUUUCUCUGCUGCCUGGCCACAGCGCGCCGGUCCCUCUUCACUGCUGUCUCGCCACAGCACGCACCGGGCUCUGUUCUGCUGUCUCGCCACGGCACGCGCCGGGCUCUGCGCUGCUGUCUCGCCACGGCACGCGCCGGACUCUGCGCUGCUGUCUCCCCACGGCACGCGCCGGGUUGUGCGCUGCUGCCUCGCCACAGCGCGCCGGUCCCUCUGCACAGCUGCCACGCUACAGCGCGCCGGUCCCUCUUCACUGCUGUCUCGCCACAGCACGCACCGGGCUCUGCGCUGCUGUCUCGCCAAGGCACGCGCCGGGCUCUGCGCUGCUCGCCACGGCACACGCCGGGCUCUGCGCUGCUCCCUCGCCACGGCACGCGCCGGGCUCUGCGCUGCUGCCUCGCCACAGCGCGCCUGUCCCUCUCCACAGCUGCCUCGCCUCAACGCGCCGGCCCCUCUCCACUGCUGCCACGACACAGCGCUCGGGUCCCACUUCACUUCUGCCUCGCCGCAGCACGCCGGGCUGCUGUUUCGUCAUAGCGCGCCGGUCCCUCUCCGCUGCUGCUUCGAGACAGUGCACCGGUCCUUUUACCUAGUAAAACAAGUGCCUCGAGUUCGUGCCGUGUCACCCCGUCACUUCGAGCCCGCCAAGUCUCUGCGCCGGUUUCCAGUCCUUCUGCUUGCUGCCAACAGCUUCGCGUUCUACCAAUCAUGCUGCCGUGGCGGUUCCUCAAUGCUACAGCGUCCUAGCGUACAGUCACCGCUGCUGUCGUGACCCAGCGCGCCAGUCGGCCUGUCACGCUGCCUGCCAUAGCGUGCCAAUCACUCUGCGCUACCGCCAUGUCUCGAGAGUUCCAGCCACUCUCCACUGUCUGCUGGGCCACAGCACGGCGAUUCUUCGCGCCACUGCUGAGCUCUGCUGCUGCAGCGUUUUUGGAGUUGCUGCCGAGCUACACUGCGUCGGGACUUGGCACCGCUGCUCUAGCUCUUGGCGUCUCGGUGCAACGAUUCUUCGAGCCGCUACAUUUCGGCGCGAUGGGUGUUCGGAGGCCGCCGGGUCGUCUCAGCGCGACGGGUCUUCGGAGACCGCCGCGUUGUCUCAGCGCGGCGGGUCUUCGGAGGCCGCCGCGUCGCCUCAGCCGACGGGUCUUCGGAGGCCGCCGCGUCGACUCGGCGCGACGAGUCUUCGGGCUGCCUUGUGGUCUCGGCGCCAUGUGUCUUCGGGCCUCCCGCCCUCUCCUCCCACGACUGUGUCGUCUUUGCGCAACAGGUAUACUACCGCUAAUGACCUAAAAAUUGUGUUCAUCACAACCGACUCCUACUCACACACUACUACUCUUACUCCUCACAGCGCUCCGAGUCUUCUCUUCCCACUACUGAGGUUGCUUCAGAAAAUCUUCUCAACUGGCGAGGGUUCUCCUGCCUCGCCAUGGCGUGCUGGUACUGUGGCCCUGCUCGUGGCUUUACACCGGAAUCUUCGCACUUGGUCGCCGAACCAGUGUCCUUCGGCUACUGCCAUGUCAAAUCGUCAGACACGCUGGGGUUCACGAUGCGCCGCCUGUACAGUAUUGUCACCCCACUGCUAGCACGCGAAAGCACCGUGUCUUCGGGUUAAUACUUCAUGUCUCCGAGUAGAUAUCUAGUCUGCUUCCGAAAUCUGCAUCGCUACAGCGUCGAGUCUUCGAGUAACUAACGUGCUUCAACGACGGAUCUUCGGGUAGCGACGUGUCUCCGUAUAGCGACGUAUCUCCGUGUAGAUAAGCGACAUGUCUCCGGGCGGCAGAGCGACGUGUCUUCGAGCGGCCGAGCGACGUGUCUUCGAGCGGCAGAGCGACGUGUCUUCGAGCGGCAGAGCGACGUGACUCCGAGCGGCAGAGCGACGUGACUCCGAGCGGCAGAGCGACGUGUCUCCGGUAUUCGUGUAGUUAAGCGUCGUGUCUCCGAGUCGCCGUGUAGUUAAGCGUCGUGUCUCCGAGUCGCCGUGUAGCAAACGACGUGUCUCCGAGGGGCAGAGCGACGAGUCGACGGGUAACUAAGCGACGUGUCUCCGGGUAGUUUAAGCAACGUGUCUCCGGGUAGUUAAGCGACGUGUCUCCGAGUGGCAGAGCGACGUGUCGACGGGUAACUAAGCAACGUGUCUCCGGGUGCAGAGCAACGAGUCCUCGUGUUACUGCAUCGUCAGUGUCGGGUCUCCGGGUUGCUGACUUGAAAGGACGUGUCGGUAUACUGCUAUCUCGUCACAGCGCGCUGCCGUUGAAGUUAAAGGUACAUAUUAACUUUUUCGAGUAUAUAAUAUUCACGUAGGUUUUUCCUGUAUAACUGUAAGUAUUUUAUCUUCCCUAACCAGGUCGAAAAAUGCGCAACAAGUCAGCAACGGCAGUUUAAGUGUGAACGGCAUAUGGAACAGCUUGCAAGUUACAAGAAUACGCGCUGUAAAUAAUGGUGCCUAUAAUUCGCCCUACGUUAUAAGAAAUCCCCCCGACCCAAGCCAAGCCUGCUAGUAUUUCUCCGCAUCGACGAACCUACCUUAGAGUAGCAUUUCAGGUUAAAAUCUGCAAGUUAAAUUCAGCCAAUGAAUAUUAUGUAAGCUGAUGGACGAAGUUCAGGACUCAAGUUAAUCAUUUCUGGAGCAUAAUAAAAAUACAAUGCAUUAAGUAUGACACAAAACAAAAAUAUUAACAACACAGCAAAAAACAAGUACUUAAAGCUACACUGACGUAUGGAGUCCGACAUCCCGAAGAAACGAGUUCCAGUUAUCUUUAUUUCAGCAUUUUCAGGUAAAAAUUCUUUAAAUACUCACUGAAAAAGCAGAAAAAAACAUGUAUUACAGCUUGAUCAAAGAACGUACAGUGAACUUAAACUUCAAUUCAACCUAUAAACACUAUCCGACAAUUAUCAAACACAAGGAAAUAAAAGCGACGAACGUUAAGUUCGUAAGUUCAAAACAAUUUUGGCACCUCCAGAUCGUUUGAUGAAAGUAUCGAACUACUUAUACCCUGAUCAGAACAAGUACGUAUCAACAAGCUAUGACUUUAUACUUACUCAGAUCAAUGCAAGUACAGAACGCGCCGGGUACCACAACUUAAAACGUAAGACAGACAUCUUAAAAUUUUUGAGCCCAACUAGUGGUUGGGAGUUAAUUCUGUUCGUUCGGCAGGUUGCGUGAUAUCAAUGUAUAUGGGUUUGGAGGUCUGUAACUUCUUAUUCCGCGCUGCGGCUCCGCCUGCGAAACCUGCUUUACACUUCACGUGAGCAAUGCAAUUCAUUUUAGUAAAAAUAUUCACAUUUACAUUAUUGAUAUACGAAUAUUAUGUUAUGCACUGGAAAAUAUUUUCGUCUCCUCGGAGACGCUUAACUGCAAAUUGUUCUAGUUUGUUGCACAGUUCCUGCAAACGACGUAUAAACUAACACACAUGGAUCCCGGCGACUAAUCAGCAUAUCGAGAGCGAAAUAAAAUACAGUUGUAACAACAGUGCCAUAUAUGCUGGAGCAAAGAGCAACACUGUAACUAUUAUAAGCUAACUGCAUUUUUGUCUGUAUUUUUGAUGUUAUUUUUCUAAUGUGUUGCUUGCACUUAUUUUCUUUAGCCGUAGAGAUUGCGAAUCUAGACUUGUGAUAUUAAUCUGGAAUGUCUGGAUGUAGAGGUACAGCAUGCGUAAAUUGCAAUAUGUUUAAAUAUUCACAUCCUAAAUAUAACAACAACACAACAUAGCAUCAUGAAGAAGUAGGCAGGGGUGUGGUGGUAGAGGCGUGUGACGUGCAUUCUAAUAAAUACCAAAAACACCACCUGACCCGAAAACGAGAGUUAAAUACGUAGGUACUAUGUUUGUUUGAAUCAAAAACAUCUCUUACAGAUACCGGAAAUAUAAGGUACCUACACAAGUAAUAUUUUAUUUAUCUUUAUAGCCAGGAAUGAGUUCAGGUACAAAACUGUUUCUAAUCAUAAUCUUUCUAUUUAACACGUGUCUCUUUCCAGACUAUUCACGUUAUUAUCAAAUAAAAGUUUCUUACAGGAUAAUGCUAAAUUUAUUUUCAGUGAAAAAUUUAAUUGAUCAAUCUAAAAAUUCGUCAGUUUAUACAAUAAUCAUUAUAAUUCCCAUCAAUAAUACUAGGUACAUAAGCGACGUUAUUAUCAAAUAAAAGUUUUUUUACAGGAUAAUGCUAAAUUUAUUUUCAGUAAAAAAUUAAAUUGAUCGAUAUAAAAAUUUGUAAGUUUACACAAUAAUCAUUAUAAUUCCCAUCAAUAAGUACAUAAGUGAAAAUGAAUAAAUCUGGAACCACCAUUAAGCAUAUUAAAAAUACUAAAUUAUAAUAAAUAUUAUGCCACAGUAUACGAAGAAUACUAGAUCAGACGUUGACAAUAUCACGGUGCGUAUGCUAACCAGUUUCUUGCAGGAGCUGUACUAUAAAAUUUGACAUCAGUCAAACGGCUAUCUCUCGACAAAUAAAGAACGUAAAUAACUAUAAUUGUCUAUGCUAUGUAUCACGUAAAAACGAAACCAGAUUUCAACGUUGGCUUUUAUGAAAAUACCAUCUGCCACCGUAAACAUGAGUACGAAACUGAAAACAUGAGUACGGACAAACGAAAACAUUUGGUAUGAAUUAUUUCAGCAUUUUAGGCGCAUGCUUAUAAUCUAGUGGUACGUACUAUUCAAAUUAUGAAGAGAACUAAAGUAUCUAGUCGAGAGGAAAAUAUGUCGACGUAAUUUUCAUACAUGUUACCAGUAAUAUAUGUACCAAUUUUAAUAAUAAGAACGAAAAUAGUCAUUGGCUCUUCAAUAAAGGGUGCAAAAAGCCUUGAAAACGUCAAUUGGUAAGUAUAGUUUACUCUCUUGUAGGUAUCUCACCGACUAAUACCGGGGUAAAAGCACUAAAAUAGCAAGGACAGUCUAAUAAAAGUAUGGAUUAAGACCAGAGCCAGAGGGAACUUCUAGAAAAACGUAAACUGAAUUAAGAGGUUAACAAAUGAAUAAAGUAUAUAUAUGUAUAAACAAAUUAUAGUCAAAAUUGCUGGUCGCAGUGAAUAUACGGAUGCAGUAAACGUUUUGUAAAUAAAUAUUGUCUUACUUCACCUGAAGAUGGACCUGAAUAUAGAAACACUACAAGAUUUUUAAUUAAUUUUGGAAUACAAGUACAUAUACAAUACCUGCAAGUGAUCAAUCUCACGACGAAUGAUGUAAGUUUUGAAAUAACACAUUGACUAAAUAAAAAAACCAUCUAUUAUCGAUCAUACGUAACG